ACCUACAAACUUAAGAGCCUUUUGCCCUUCUGUCAAUCUUUAUUCUCACUCCGAAGCAUUUUGCUUUGCUUUGCUUUGCUUUACUGCAAUAAUCUUUUCUCUAAGAUGAGCCGCCAUCCUACAGUGAAAUGGGCCCAGAGGUCUGAUACCAUCUAUAUCACAAUUGACUUGCCUGAUGCUAAGGAUGUGAAUCUUAAAUUAGAGCCUGAGGGGAAAUUCUUCUUCUCUGCCACCAGUGGAGCUGAUAAGAUACCUUAUGAAAUUGACAUUGAUCUGUUUGACAAAGUUGAUGUAAAUGAGAGCAAGGCUAGUGUAGGCUUAAGAAACAUCCGCUACCUUGUGAAGAAAGCGGAGAACAAAUGGUGGAGUAGAUUGUUAAAGCAGGAAGGGAAACCACCUGUGUUUCUGAAAGUUGAUUGGGACAAAUGGGUUGAUGAAGACGAGGAACCGGAAGAUAAAGAUAAACUAGGAGCUGAUAUGGACUUUGGCGACUUCGAUUUUUCUAAGCUGAAUAUGGGCGGUGGUGAAGACUUGGAUGAUGAUGCUGGCGACAAGGAUGAAGAAAAUGAUGAUAGUGACACAGAAGAGGAGGUUGCAGCAGAAGCAGCACCUGCAGGUGGUGAAGCUGGCACAAAAGCUUGAAGCUUUUUCCAGAAUGUGCUUUUAAACUCACAGCAUACUUCCUGUAGUUUCAAUUUCAAAUGAAUGUUUUUACUUGAGAAACUAGUGUUGGUGGGUGCUUGAAAACUUGAAAUAUAGCCGGAAGAGUUACCCUGGUGGUGAGUUCUGACAUUUGUCGGAUCCAGGAGGAUUGGAUUAUUGUUGCUCUUUAAAAUAUCUAUUUUCUGAGAUGAGUUAGGAUGUGAACUUGGUGGUUUUACUUUCCGUGGAAUACUUAAGAUGCUGUUUAUGAGAUGACAAUGCUGAAAUCUAAUUCAAGGGUUUAUUGAUGGGUAA